AUGACAAGAGCACGGUCGUGCCUCUCGCUGUCGCACCGGCAGCUGGCCCAGCUGCCCGAGUUGAGCCAUGUGGCGGCGAGCCUGACCUCGUUGGACCUCUCCUACAACUCGCUCACAUCGCUGCAAGGACUUGAUUGCCUGGCAUCGCUGACAUGGCUGGACGGAUCCCACAAUGCGCUGACGGAGAUGCCUCUGUUGCCAUUGGCAUCGGGAUUGACAGCCCUCAACUACGCACACAACUAUCUUGCUCAUGUGGCAGCUUUGGACGCGCUGCCGGCGUUGGCCAUGUUGGAUCUCUCCCACAAUCUCAUCGCUUCGCUCCCGGCACUCCGGCCUCUCUCGCUCAACACGGCACUCACUCAUCUCGACAUCAGAGACAAUCCCGUGACGCACUCGCGUCGCGGUCUUCGUUUCCACAUCCUCAACUGGCUCCCCUCGCUCUCGCAUCUCAACGGCUCGAGGACUCGCGCCGCUAUCCACACUCGCGCCCAUGAGGCUGCAGUGGCACAGCGGCUCCAAUCCUCGCCAACACCGUCACGUCGCACGGCCCGAUCUCUCCGCUCGGCGCGCCCGGCUUUACGCCCGUGCCGCGACAGUGCGCUGGAGGAGCUGGAUGCGCUGCUGGCUGUCGAGGGUGUCGAUCCGCGGGAGCUUCUCGACUCGCUGAGGGGUAGCCCCGCAGGCAAAUCGCUGUCAUCGGCGUCGUUGCCGUUGCCGUCGCCAUCGCCACGCCCGCGACGUGCUCGCGCAGGCGCUGCCGCUCGGGCGCGGGCGAGAGUUUCGUCGACGCCUCGGCGGGCGCGCCAGGCGGCGACUCCGCGGCUGCGGUCGGAGCCGCGGCCGCGACCAGCCCGCGAGCGCGUCACUGCCAGCCACGCGAGUCCGUCGCGGCGGUCGCUCCGCGGAAGGAGCAAGGCUCGCAACCGGCCGCUUUCGGAGCGCAAGGCCCGGAUUGCGGCGUACGACGCGGCGCGACGGGCCGGACUGGGGGCGUCGCCGGGAGGGAUGGGCGGCGGCGGCCCCACCGGCGACUCGCCGCUCCGCGCCAGCGAGCUCCGGACGUCGGUCCAGGACCGGCUCGACGCACUCUCGCGUGAGCUAGAGGCGUCGUCCUCGGCUCGAAAGUCGCGGCAGGCCAAGCUCCGGCACGAGCUCGAGCGCGAGGCUGACCACUUGGCAGUCGUCGAGUCAGCGCUUGCGGCAAACGCGCCGAUUCCGGCGGGCGGAGCCCGGCACUUUGGCGAAGGAGACGACGACGGUGUCUCGUCGGCACUGCUCGGCGCGUUCCUCUUUUACAUCGACGAGCUCUGGUUUACAGCCCGCCUUGCCGUGGUGGUCCUCAUCCGGCUCGGCGGGGCGCUGCCGGCGGCGCUGCGCGCAGUUGUGCGGUCGGGCCGGUUGACCCGGCCGUGCGACCCGCCGGCGGCGCUGCGCGGACACUGGGGCUCGCCGGGCGCGCUCCGCAAGUGGCCGAAACUCAAGGCGGCGCAGACGGCGUGGAUGGAGACGCAGUACACACGGACUAUGUUCCACACGCUGUACGGAUACGCCGAGGCUGGCGCGACCAAGCCGUUCCUGACAUACGCGGCCUCGCUGCUGCAGGCCGGCACGCUCACUGCGGACCGGGCGCCGGACGAGGGCUCGGACCCGUUGUUCGCCACCACCGAUGAGGGCCUAGGCCUGCUCGAGGAGGAAGAGUACACGCGGUCGCUGUUGUGGUACAUUGUCGAAAGCGGACGCGCGGCAACAUCCGAGUCUAUCGGCGCUUGA